AUGAAACUAACCCUCUUCUCCGCAAAAUCCUACGACAAGCACUACUUCACCCAAACCCUGCAAGCCCAUCACCCCGACAUCACCCUAACUGAGCACCCCUUCGCGUUGACCUCGGAAACCGUCUCCCUCGCACAAGGCAGCACAGCAGUCUGCGUCUUCGUCAACGACACGCUCGACGCGCCUGUCCUCCACGCCCUGCACUCCUACGGCAUCCGCGCCAUCCUCCUCCGCUGCGCCGGCUACAACAACAUCGACCUCCCCCUCGCCGAAUCCCUCGGCUUCUUCGUCGCAAAUGUCCCCUCAUACUCCCCCGAAGCGGUCGCCGAGUUCGCCGUCGCACUGAUCCAGACCCUGAACCGCAAGACACACCGCGCAUACAACCGCGUUCGGGAGGGCAAUUUCAACCUGGAGGGGUUUCUGGGCUCGACGUUGUACGGGAAGACGGUCGGGGUGGUGGGGUUGGGGCGCAUCGGGAUGGCGUUUGCGCGGAUCAUGCGCGGGUUUGGGUGUCGGUUGCUGGGGAUGGAUCCGUACGGGGGGGAGGAGUUUGUAAAGGAGCUGGGGGGCGAGUAUGUGGGGUUGGAUGUGUUGUUGGAGAGGAGUGAUAUUGUGAGCCUGCAUUGUCCGUUGACGGAGGGGACGAGGCAUAUUAUUAAUAAGGGGAGUCUGGGGAAGUUGAAGAGGGGGGCCAUGGUUGUUAAUACUUCUCGCGGUGGGCUGGUGAAUACGAGGGAUACGGUUGGGGCGUUGAAGGAGGGGAUUCUGGGGGGGUUGGCUCUCGAUGUAUAUGAGGAAGAGGGAGAUUUGUUUUAUAACGAUCAUUCGGCGGAGAUUAUCCAUGAUGAUACGUUGAUGCGGUUGAUGACUUUUCCAAAUGUCUUGGUUUGUGGCCAUCAGGCGUUCUUUACGAGAGAGGCGUUGAGUGAAAUUGCGCAGGUUACACUGGGGAAUCUGGAGGAUUUCAGGUUGAAGAGGUCCUGUCGCAAUUCGCUGGUGAGGGAGGGCCAUUUGUUGGUUGAGGGGGAUAAGGAGCCGGUGCGGUUGUAG